AGGCAAUCGUCGUUUGUCUGCCGGUCGGAGUACAUCAACGUCAGGACGGAUUGGACCUGACGCCGUUUUCCGUAGUGUCACUUCUGGUUUCGAUUCAUAGACCAUGUAAUAGAAGGGGCCUUCGGAAAUUGUGGGCAGUGUAAUUCAAUUUGCCAUCGUUUCGGGAUAAAUUUUGUGUCUUGUUAGUGUUUCGAUGCAACUUCCUUGAAAAAUCCUCUCUUUGUGUGGAAUUCGAUAUGAAAAUGGAGCCCAUGUUUCGCUUGCUUCCUACACGUGUGAUUGAUGUACGAUGAUGUGUACACGUGUGCCAACCCGCCCCGAAGCGGAAAGUGACGCCAAAGGGCGUGAAUAUCGUGAAAUUUAUUACGAUUCGUGAAAAUUGCGCUGACUGAUUUGUUGAUUGGGUGCGAUUGUUUUGUUGAUAUGUGUGCAUUACGAAAUACGCUAUUUGCAUAAGAGUCUCCCUCAGUUGAAGUUUGGAUUAAACUACAAAACAAAGGAUAGCACGAGAAAACGCCUUCUAAUUGAAGUAGGAGUUGCAGCUGGAAAGCGGAAUCAAAAGAAAACCAUGAGCAAACCAGCAAAAAAGCGCCCCAAAAGCUCCAAGCCUGUGGUGGAUGAAAUCGAGGUGGCGUGCAAAAACCUUCGCGAUGAAGCACUCAAAUACAUGAAGGUUCGGAACUUCAAUAAAGCUUUGGGCCUAUAUGAUCAGGCUCUCGAAAUGAACACCAACGAUCAGAGUGCGUUAGUCGCCAGGAGCAAAUGUUAUCUUCAAUUGGGCGAACCAGCUAAGGCUUUGCAGGAUGCCGAAACAGCUUUGCUACUAGACAAAACCAAUAUUAGGGCGAUUUAUCAGAAAGCUGAAGCACUGUACUACUUGGGACAGUUUGAACAUAGUCUCAUGUUUUUCCAUCGUGGAUUAAGAUUGAGACCAGAGCUUGCAAGCUUUCGUUUGGGAGUCCAAAAAACACAAGAAGCGAUAGAAAACACCAUCGGCAGCAAUGCCAAAAAUCAACCACCACAGAAGAAGGCACCUAAAGUGGAUAAGCCCAAAUCGGCCAAGAAAUCGCCACUGUCCAAGGAGGAGCUGGAUAAAAGAGCGGCCCGUCGAUUGCUAGGUGAUCUCUACGUGGACAAAGAAUACCUGGAAAACCUUCUGAAGCAUCCGGAUCUCAAGAAAGCGGACACCAACACCGAAGGAGUUUCGGAAUUUGCAAAAGACGCUAUUAAUUUCUUGAACAAUAGACAGGAAUUUUGGCGGCAACAGAAGCCGUGCACUAGUUUGAAUGCGAAGAAGCUCGAUGGAAACAAUGGAGCAUUGCCGCGUUGGUAGAAAAUAGCAUAUAAUUACUGUUAUCCAAAGCAGAUGUUGAAUGUCAAAUAUAUAUGAAGCGUUUUAUGUAGAACUCACAAA